AUGGGACAGGACUUGGCCAAAGAAUGCGGAUGUGGCUACGGAGCCAGUGAGGAUGCAGAGGAGCAGCGAGUGGAGAUUGACCAAUCGAAGAAGCAAGCGAAGAAAGGCUCUACCUCCGGUGGUGCGUUGCCCGAAGAGGAGGACGAAUUCUUCGUACCGCCGCCGCCAGCCCCGGCGCUGGAGCCGAAGGCUCCCAAGCCUGCACCGGCACCGGCAUCGGUGGCACCGGUCGCCUCCCCAAAACCUGCGCCGGCACCGGCACCAGCCAGGGCAGCGCCAAAGCUUAGCUUGGAGAGCAUCCUCGCCGACCUGGAGGGCGCGGAAGCCUCUGCUUUCGGCUCUGCCUUCACGAGCCUUGCAAAGGGCCAGGAGGCCUUGCAACCGGACCAUAAUGAGUUGCGGAGCUUCAUCGAGUCUCACAGCGCUGUGCAAGACAUCGAUACAGAGCUCCUGAAGAUCGCCUCCACCAACGAGGCUUUUGCCAUCGAUCGGGAUGCCUUUGUGAUGCUCCUGCGCAUGAACCCCGUGAACGAAUCCGAAGCCUUGGAGUCCUUCUUGCGGCUGUCUGGUGGUGGCGAGAACAUCACCGCUGAGGACUGUCGCACCGGUCUAUUCCAGCUUCUGCAGAACAUAGGUGAGUCCUUGAUUGGGGACACCUCCGAGCGCAUCAUUGACACUGUCAUGGCCGGGCAAGGGUGA